CUCCUCCGCUACGUGUACGUGGGCGGGGAGAAGCGGAAGGUGAAGCAGAUUGUGGCCCUCGAUGAGACCCUGGACCUGGGGCCGGCGGCUCGGGGAGGGGCGGACGGAGGGAGCGGCGGAGGGCGGGACAGCAGCCAUGUCGGGGAGGCGGGCGCCCCAGGGGUGUACGACCUGGUGGGCGUCAUGUUCCACAAGGGCGGCUCGGCCUCGCACGGUCAUUACACGGCAGAAUUCCGGGAGGUGUCGUCGGGGAGAUGGUGGUACCUGGAUGACACGGAGGUCCGAGAAGGCAGACAUGCGCAGGUGUUGAUGAGGAAGGAGGGCGGAAAGAAGGAAGGUGGGGAAGAGGUGUUGAUGAGGGAGGAGGGCGGAAAGAAGGAAGGUGGGAGAAGUUGCUGA